AGAAUUUGGUAUCAGCUGACAUGGAUAUGACCCAAUUAGAGGCUUUUCUAACUGCCCAAACUAAAAAGAAAGAAGGAGCCCUUUCAGAUGAAUUAGCAGCUGCAUUGAGAAAGUUCUGGAAAGCAAACAAAAUCAAAAUCCAUGACAGCAUUGUUUCUCAAACAAUGUGGGGGAACACUUUGGAAAAGGUAGCCUGGCGUGUAGACCUAAAAACUCAGUCUCGAAAUGCUGAACAAAUCAACAGCCCCUCUGCAAUCAUGGAACUUCACAUUGGAGACAAUCUUAACAAAGCAAAGGUGACAUUUUUAAAAUUUAUAAAAAAGUAGUGAAUUUUUAGUAUCUUACAUUGACAUCUAAUUCUAAUCUACAGUAACAAAUGAAUAUGAUUAAAUUAAUUUUUUAUCACAUAUGUUCUAUUGGAUACCGUAUAAAAAUUAUUAUUAUUUUAAAAAAAAUCUUCUUGUUUGUUUGAACUUUUGCAAAUUGACAUCAUAACAUAAUUUUUCCUGUUAACAGCUGAUUUUUAAGCUAUGUAAUAUUAGUGUUUAAGCUAUGUUGUAAUAUAAGUUUUACAGUUUCUUAUUUAUAGUAAGCAUCUUUGUACUGAACAUAAAAAAAUAUUUAUUUUUUUUUAAAGUUUAACAUGUGACCUUUUAUCCUCUAUAUCACAUUGGGACAUUAAAAAAUGUAUGCAAUUUUUAUUUUAUCGCACACAAAAUCGAGUCAAAUGGAGAAUGUAGUGUAUUGAGAUUAUUCAGCUGAACAAUCAUGAAUGUGCUUUCAUUCUUGAAAAUAUACUAUUACUUUGCAGGGACCAGAAGUUGUGAGAUUUGAACUUGAUGAAGUUAAAGUGACACAGAUGUUGAACAGCAUGCAAGACAUAGAAGCUCAGAUAAACAAAUUCACCAAAAAAUAAAUAGUUACAGAUUUCUAAAUUAUUUCCAAUUAAAAUGUAUGUUGAUUAUUAUUAAAUUUAUUGUAUGAGUUUGUUAUCCCAUGGGAAAUUGUGUUUUGUUAAUUAAUGUGAAUAAUAAUUUGUAUAAUUAUAAUCCAUGCAUAUUUCUGUUAUGUAAAUAAUAAUAAUAAAAUUGUUGAACUCGCGUUAAAUUUAAAUUUCUUUCUGCCAACAUUUUGACUUCAAGAUUGUUUCAUGUGUUUGGUCAUUACUGCAAUGUUUUUUUUAAAGUUUUACUAAAUUAGUCACUAACUGGUACUUGUUCACUUUCUCACUACCGGUACUCAUUGUAAUGAGAUUUCCAACCAAGGAAACAACCUGUUGAGUUGGUGUUUUUGUGUGUGUGUUUUUGUUGGGAGUGGGGUGACAUUAGAAUAAAUUUUGUUGUUUAACUUAAAUAAGUUGAUGAGACUAAGGAUUCAGAUCAAUGUAGGUGACAUUUUGCUUAUAUUAAGUUAUCCACGGUAGUGACAUAUUCUUAUGUUGUGUUAUGGCCCCUGUGGUGUUCAAUUUAUUUGAGAAGGUAGAUUUUAUACACACUUCUGGCCACAAAGGAAGGAAUUCAGUGCUCUAUAAAUGUACUUUAUUACAUGGAAUAAAAGUAUGAAUAAAGAUACAGAAUAUCUUCAUAUAAAGAACUG